AUGGCUGAAUCGCCGGCUUCACCUCUCUCAUCCCUCGCGUCAGAGGAAUUCCCUGAAGACGUCAAGUUCGAAGACCAGGGGCGCUCCCGUUCCAACUCGCCUCCUCAGGUACACCCAUCGAAGCGCCGCAAGAUGGGAGCAUCUACAUGGGAUCACCAUACUCCGAUAUCCUCGGUCAAUGAUGACAUACCACCGCCAUCUCCUGUCGCUUCUAUAUCGUCAGAUAGCUCUGGCGCCAUACCAAAUUCCCCCGGUGCAAUGGCUAUCCUUGGCCCCGAAGAGGACUACAGCGGUGCUGGGAGAGACCACAUUACAGCCUGUCUUUGGGAGGGCUGUGGCGCAAAGGAUUUUGUAGACAUGGAUGCGCUUGUUAAGCAUAUACAUGACGAGCACAUCGGAUCACGACAAAAGAAGUACCUAUGUGAAUGGGGUGACUGUGCUCGGAAGGGUCAGGCUCAUGCAAGCGGAUAUGCCUUGCGGGCCCAUAUGAGAAGCCAUACCAAAGAAAAGCCAUUCUAUUGCGCACUGCCAGUUCAUGAUACCGAUGCCCUGAAAUCUCUCGAUGCUCUGGCAAAGCAGCAUGCCAAUCCGACAGCACCUGGCAUUUCCAAACCUCCUCGAAUUAAACUAAAAUUGGCACCCAGAAAAGAAAACGAUAAUGCCGAAAAGCUGGAUGGAUCAGAACAAAAGGGCGACCAAGGCAAAACGAAGGAUCAGGGUGAUAUACCAAUUUUCGACCCAGAAGUCGGUUUCGAUGAACACGAACUUGCAAUGCCGCUAGAGCAGCUUGCCCGCCUGCUACGCCGACAGAUCCAUUGGGCAGAACAGGAAUCCAAGACCCUGGAGAAAAAUUGGGAACUGAUAAAGCCAAUGAGGAAAAAGACCUGGAAGGAAAAAGAGCUUAUUCUAGACGAUCUUAUUCAUAGUGAAAUCCGUGUCUACGGCACCCCACAUACCCAGGAGCAAGACCCGCCUAGAUAUGGUGGUACGCAAAAGGUGACUACAGAUCGGACGAAAAAACCACCGUCUCAAGAUAAGGGUGGUACGGAAGAAGCUGAUGGCGGAGAUGAACAACCUGGAGAGCAGACACGGCCACAAGCCCAGACAUCUAAAAUGAAGUCUCACACUGAUGACGGUCAAGUAUAA